AUGAGUAUGGCUUCAAGUGAUAGAAAGAACCAAGAAAAUUAUGGAACAAAUCGGAAGAAAAUUGGAAGAAAAGGAGAUGGAGUAUUUAGAUUGAAAGGAAGUAGAUUAGAAUUUGGUGCAAUUGAAACCGGAAGAGAGUGGGAGGGUGAACAUGGAAAAAAGUAUGUUAAAGACAGUUUGAAAUUGUGCAAAAUGCUUCAUGAUAUGUUAGUUCAACUUUCAAAAGAAUGCAAUAAUGAUGAAAAAAUCCUUAGAGAAUUACAAAUAACCGGGAUAUUAAACAAUAGAGCAUGUAAUCCACAAUCAGUAGAACCAGAUUUGGCCUUAAAUUUGGAAAUAGCAGACUUGAUUAAUCAGAAAAAACAAAACUAUCCACGGGAUGCAGCCAUGCAUAUAGUCAGACUUGUGAAUCAUCGAAACCCGACUGUUGCAUGGUUAGCUUUAACGCUCUUGGAUAUUUGUGUGAAAAAUUGUGGAUAUCCUUUUCAUCUACAGAUAGCAACCAAAGAAUUUCUGAAUGAACUAGUUCGUAAAUUUCCUGAAAAAUCACCUGCUAUCCCUAAUCCAAUACAAUUAAAAAUAUUGGAAUUUAUUCAAGAAUGGAAAAUCACAAUUUGUACAACUUCUCGACAUAAAGAUGACCUUGUUCAUAUCAAUGAUAUGUAUCGGUUAUUAGUAUAUAAAGAAUUAGAAGAAGAAGAUAGAGUUGCUCAAGCAGCGGUAGAAGGUAGACCUUCAGAUUUAGCAGAGGCUAAUGAACUUAUGAAAAUUAUGUCAGGAUAUAAUCAAGAGGCAAAACCAGAUUAUAAAAAACAGGCUAAUGAAGAAUUGGAAAACAUACAACAAAAAGCCAUACUUUUAAAUGAUAUGUUAAAUAAUAUCAAAUCUAGUGAAGAAACUAGUAAAGGUGAUAUAUUUGAGGAAUUGAUACAAUCAUGUAAAACUUCUCAACCGAAAAUUCAAAAAAUGAUUUCCGAAGAGGAAGACUCUGAAAGCAUUGAUCGUCUUUUAACCUUGAAUGAUUUGAUUAAUACUGUUUUGGCAAGAUAUGAAAAUAUUUUAAAAGGAAUAUUUGACCAACCUAAAGAACUGAACCAACAAUCUAUUUUACAACCAAAAGCGAAAGAAGAAACAAAAACAAAUAAUUCUGAUUCAUGGUUAAUUGAUUUGAGUGAACCUGAACCUGAACCACAAUUAGGUCAAAUCAGAAUCACUUCAAAUCCAACUACAACAACUUCUUCUUCCUCCUCAACAAAUGAACCAGCAUUAUACAAUUCAACUUCUUCUAAUAAAGGAUUUAGUCAUUGGUUCAAUUUAAAAAAUCAAAAUAAUACAACUUUUGUUGAAAAUUUUCCACUAAUGUCACCCACCACCAUUACAAAGCAGUCCUUGUAG